AUGUGGACAUAUAUUGUCGCCGCGUCACGCGGCGAAAAGCGCCAGACGGUGCACCGUGACUCGCCCAUACCAAGAAAUGAGCCCGUCUUUAGAUACACCGGGCCGUAUCCUGGUCCCUCCACCUCCUGCUUGAAGGUUCGGAAGACGUCCAGAUAUGAUACCAGGCAGACUUCCAGCCUGCCGUGCAGCCCUGGUCGCUUGACCAAACCACCACCAGACGUCCGUCUUGAAGAAGGGGAUUACGCCUUCCCUACUUUGGCGCAGGUGCGCAAGAAGAUGGCACCAGGAACAAGCUGCUGGCGCCGCUUCAGGAACAGGAUCUGCCGUGCUCUCGGCUUGCCAAUCAAGCGCGGACCGUCCAAACCGUCCGAUUGGUUCUUGGACAAAUUCUCUGCGCAGGAGUUCUACGAUAAUGACGAGCCUGAAGAGCCCCAGGGCUCCAAGUGGCUGUGCGGUUGGAAGGGUUUCUCUGUUGACCCGACUCAUACUGCGCAUUACCACUGGCUUGCAGUGGUGUCCCUCGCUGUCCUUUACAAUGUAGUUUUCGUGAUUGGACGUGCUGUCUUUUGGGAGCUUGAUAAAAGCUCCACUUCUUGGUUUGCCCUUGACUAUCUCUGCGACGCUAUUUAUGUUAUCGACACUGUAAUUCACAUGCAUGAAGGCUAUCUUGAACAAGGGAUCAUGGUGAAGGACUCCACUAUGCUACGUCGGAAUUACAUGAAGUCCGAUUGGUGGCCGUAUGAUUUCAUUUCUCUAAUUCCAACUGAUAUUACGUACUACUGGUGGCCUCCCGGCAACUGUGAUUAUGACCGUUUGCCGUGCCCUGUUAUUGUUCGACUCAAUCGCCUGUUUCGACUGCCCCGCAUGUGGGAGUGGUUCGAUCGUACAGAGACGGCGACAAGUUUCCCCAACGCGUUCAGGAUUUGCAAGGUCGUGAUGGCGAUACUGGUACUGAUCCACUGGAACGCUUGUCUCUUCUUCGCUAUCAGCUACGCCAUCGGAUUCGGUACAGACAAUUGGGUAUACAACAUAACAGGCACACGCAACGAAACUCUCGCGCAUCAAUACAUUUACAGCUUCUACUGGUCAACAUUAACCCUGACAACGAUCGGUGAAACUCCUCAGCCCGAAAUUGACGUUGAAUACAUUUUCGUCGUCCUCGACUUCCUCGCUGGAGUCUUGAUCUUUGCUACAAUCGUGGGUAACAUCGGAUCCAUGAUUUCCAACAUGAACGUGGCCCGAGUGGAAUUCCAAAACAAAAUGGACGGUGUCAAACAGUACAUGGCUUUCCGCAAAGUCAGCGGUGAACUGGAGGCACGGGUCAUUCGAUGGUUUGCUUACACUUGGGCCGAGAGCGGAGCAUUGGAUGAGGAACACGUCCUAUCAUCUCUCCCGGACAAGCUAAAGGCUGAAAUCGCGAUUCGAGUUCAUCUAGACACCCUACGGAAAGUGCAGAUAUUCAAAGAUUGCGAACCGGGGCUGCUAGAAGCACUUGUAUUAAAAUUAAAGCUUCAAGUUUUCAGUCCAGGCGAUUAUAUAUGCAGGAAGGGAGACGUUGGCAAAGAAAUGUAUAUCGUCAAACGCGGCAGGCUGCAAGUCGUCGCUGAUGAUGGCCAUACAGUAUUGGCAUCGCUUGGCGCGGGAUCCGUCUUCGGAGAAGUGAGCGUUCUUGACAUCGCUGGUAAUCGAACCGGUAAUAGACGUACAGCUAACGUGCGAGCUCUUGGCUACUCUGACCUAUUUUGCCUAGCGAAACGAGAUCUCUGGGAAGCACUAGCAGAUUACCCCGAAGCUAGAGCCACAUUGACAAAGCGUGGAUGUCAGUUAUUACGAAAGGAUGGAUUGUUAGAUGAAACUGUUUUUGAAAAUGCAAAGACAACUCAGCUGAGUUUAGAAGAGAAUGUUCGUAAAUUGGAAUCAACAGUUGAUCUUUUGAAUAAUCGCUUACAAGGAUUGUUAGCUGACGUAGGUCAAGAGCAAGCCAAGCUGAAACAGCGGAUAUGCAAAAUUGAGUCCAGGUUCAUAGAAUCAGAUGAAGAAUUUGAUUCAGACGAAACAACACCAGAACUCCAUAGAGACAUAAAAGUGUGCAGCUACAGUGACACACCGUCUUGUUCCACGCAAUAUAUGGACGCAAAUAAUCCAGUUCGUGAGCGAGGCCAUUCGCUUUGCGUCGACAGGACACCGGGUCUUCUUCAAAUCAUCCCGGAACCGCGGAGUAAAUCGUUAAGGCUAAAACGAAAAGACAUCCCAAAGUGA